UGGCUCCAGUCUAACAUGACUCAGCAGGAAGCAGGGAGCGGGGGGAGCGAAGUGCUAACCGUGAAUCAGCAAUUUCUCCUACACACUGUUCAGCUACGUGACCGACAUGAAGUUGAAUCUACCAUAAAAGAUGUUCCAAGUCCCGAGUUCACUCCAGUAAAAGUUAAAGCACGCAUUGACUCAAACUGUGGCCAUCAGGCACUGAGGAUGGAUGGUGAAACAGGCCUAGUGAGUGGAUGCAACUUGAGAGAGAAGAAAAGGUCUGACAGAUACUUUUGGAUGGAUGUGGGGGGCCUGGAGGAACCAGCGUUGGAUGUUGAGGAAUGUGGCACCAAGGAACCAAAAUGCUCACUCAGCAAAAUGAGACAACAGCUUGGUAAUAGAGGAACUGAGCCUGAACUUAAUGCAGCAGAGUCCUCGGGCUUCCUGUCUGCCUAUCCAGUCUGUAUGUCACACGACAGAUGGGGAGAGAGAGGUGGAGGAGGGGAAGAGGCAAGUCCAAGCUCCCUGCUGGAGUACUCAGUAUAUCUAGAUGACCAGCACAACAUAGCAGACUGUACCAUUACCAGACCUUUCAGCCCUCCUGUCACUUCAGUAACCCACAGGCUUUGUCCGUUAAAAUCUGCUGAAGUUAAUCCAGCAGUAUCAAGCCCCAUGACUGACACCUGUAGUCCCUUUGAUUCCAUGUGCAGUCCCACUGGUUCAGCCUGGGACACUCUCAGAUCCACAUCCGAUUGUCCCGGCUGCUCUGAUAGGGAUCCUGUCAGUGCUGCAGCUCACCUACACCUCCUGGGGGAAUCCUUGUCCCUGAUUGGACACCAUCUUCAGGAGACAGAUAAAAUGGUAUCCAUGUCCAGCAGCUUGUCUCUGCUUUUGGACUCUCUGCUGUGUGCCCUGGCUCCUCUGAUCUGCCUCACUGCACAGAUACCAGAGCUCAGGAGCUGCACAGAACACACACUGGCCUCCACUCUGGAAAACAUUUCUUAUGUGAUGCCUGGGCUGUGAGUGAUGAUGAUGAAGAACCCACUGGAUAUACACAGCAUGUUCUGAUAUGCCAAAAGACACUUUAGGUUAGUUUACAUAUAGAUAAGUCAAAUAUAUUUUUGUUUGAAAAUAAUAUUUCAAUAAUAUAUUUUUUGAAUAUUUGUUUGCACUUUUAUUUUUGUGCUAAUUGCAAGUAUGUAAGUUUACUUGAAUAUAUCAGUUUAUUGGUUGGUUAAUUAAAAUAAAUAUUUAAACACUAAA